ACCGACACCAACACCAACACCAACAUCAACGCCCCCCAAACGACAACCAUCAACCACCACCUGCACGGAGCAGCCGCGAUGGAGGACGCCAACGAGCACCAUGAGCACCAACACUCGGGCGACGAGGACGACCAGUCCGAGCAGGUCGUUGGGCGAACCUCCAAUGAGGGAUUCCUGGACGAUAUCGCCGACGACAUCACCGAUCUAGACCUGAGCCACGAGCGCUUGGUGACCUUUGUGGGACUCGGCCUCGAGCGGUUCAAGCUUCUGGAGCGGCUCUCUGUGCGCCAGAACCUCAUCUUCAAGAUCGAAUGCUUGGAAGGUCUCGGACUGAAGGAACUGGAUCUCUACGAUAACCGCAUUGUUGAUGUCGAUGGACUCGAACAUCUCAAGGAGACCCUUGUAUCCCUGGACCUGUCGUUCAACAAGAUCAGACACAUCCACGGCGUCAACAAGCUCACGGCCCUGACGGACCUCUAUUUUGUCGCCAACAAGAUCAGCAAGAUCGAGAAUCUCGUGGGACUGUCGAACGUCACCAACUUGGAACUGGGAGCGAAUCGCAUUCGUGUGAUCGAGGGAUUGGACACGCUGGUCUCGAUAGAACAGCUUUGGCUCGGAAAGAACAAGAUUCGACGACUCGAGAACCUCAAUUCCCUGACCAACUUGAAAAUCCUGAGCAUGCAGAGCAAUCGCAUCGUCAGGCUGGAAAACCUGGAGCAUCUCGUCAAUCUUGAGGAGCUCUACCUCGGACACAACGGCGUCUCCAAGAUUGAGAACCUGGAGCAUAACACACGUCUCCGAGUCCUCGAUCUGUCAAGCAACACGGUCAAGGUGCUGGAGGGACUGGAGAAGCUGAUGGAACUCGAAGAGGUCUGGCUCUCCGGCAACCAGCUCGAAUCAUACGACGAGAUUGAGCGGCAGCUGACCGACAAGAAGAAGCUCACGACCGUCUACUUUGAGCAAAACCCGCUGCAUCUGAACAACCGGGCCACCUACCGCAACAAGGUGCGCCUGAUCUUGCCGUGGUUGGAGCAGAUCGACGGCGACAUCAUCCGCCGACCGGCCGCCUAGUGCGAACUGGGCCUGGGCGGACUCUGUCGAUCUGGUCGGUGCCGCUGUGGGAGCGGCGGCGGAGGGGGAUGAUGUCCCUGGGCAAACGCAGACGGACCCGAUCCCCGCGCUUCGCAAUGUAUAUCAAAAGGAUAUGAUCCGAGCGAAGCGCAGCCGGACAAUAUUUGCCAAUGCAGACGGACAAUGUUCGCAAGUGCAGGCAGAUCCAGAUGCUGCCGGAUACCAACCG